AUGUUCGUCGUAGGGAACAUCUAUGUGAUCGCGGCCGUCUCCGUCAUUGGAGGCGGACUCUUCGGUUUCGAUAUCUCGUCGAUGUCUGCGAUUCUCGGCACUACUGCCUACAAGUGCUACUUCAACCAUGGCCCCUUGGGCCCUCCCUUCACAGAUGAUGAAAAAUGCUCGGGUCUCAGCUCGUUGGCCCAGGGUGGUGUGACGGCUGCCAUGCCCGCUGGUUCGUGGCUUGGUGCUUUGAUUUCUGGUUUUAUCUCGGAUCGCCUUGGUCGCAAAUACGCAAUCAUGGUUGGAUGCUGUAUUUGGGUUAUCGGCUCCGCCAUCAUUUGUGCCUCGCAAAACAUGGGCAUGCUCAUUGCUGGACGUGUCAUCAACGGAUUGUCGGUCGGUAUUGAAUCUGCUCAGGUCCCCGUUUAUAUCUCCGAGCUCUCGCCGCCCUCCAAGCGUGGGCGUCUUGUCGGUUCUCAGCAGUGGGCGAUUACCUGGGGUAUUCUGAUCAUGUACUAUAUCUCAUUCGGCUGCUCCUAUAUCGGUGGCGACACGGCCACCACCUACAGCCAAGCGGUCUUCCGUAUUCCCUGGGGUGUUCAGAUGGUUCCUGCGAUCCUACUCUUCUUCGGAAUGAUGAUUCUACCUGAGUCUCCUCGCUGGCUGGCUCGUCAUGACCGCUGGGAGGAGGCCAAGGAAGUUCUGACUCUGGUCCAUGGCAAGGGAGAUCCCAACAGUCCCUUUGUCCAGGCUGAGAUGCAGGAGAUUGGCGAGAUGUGCGAGUUUGAGCGUCGCAACGCCGAUGUCAGCUACCUUGAGCUGUUCACCCCCAAGAUGAUCAACCGUACCAUGAUCGGUCUGUGGUGCCAGAUCUGGUCUCAGCUGACUGGUAUGAACGUCAUGAUGUACUACAUCACCUACGUGUUCAGCAUGGCUGGCUACAGUGGCAACUCCAACCUGCUUGCUUCCUCCAUUCAGUAUAUUAUCAAUGUGAUCAUGACUGUCCCAGCCUUGAUCUGGGUUGACCGCUGGGGUCGUCGCCCUACUUUGCUGAUCGGUGCUGCCUUGAUGAUGAUCUUCAUGUAUGCCAAUGGCGGUAUUAUGGCCAGCUACGGUGAGGUUGUUAUCGGCGGUAUCGAUGGUGUUGCUGAGGAGUCGAUGCGUCUGUCCGGUGCCCCGGCCAAGGGUUUGAUUGCCUGUACCUACCUUUUCGUCGCCUCGUACGCUCCCACAUGGGGUCCCGUGUCGUGGGUAUAUCCCCCCGAGCUAUACCCUCUCCGUGUUCGUGGCAAGGCCGUCUCGCUGGCGACCUCUGGUAACUGGGCUUUCAACACCGCGCUCGGCCUCUUUACCCCUGUGGCCUUCGCCAACAUUCGCUGGCAGACCUACAUCAUCUUCGGUGUGUUCCUCACCGCCAUGUGGAUUCACGUCUUCUUUAUGUUCCCCGAGACUGCUGGCAAGACUCUGGAGGAGACCGAGCAGAUCUUCGAGGAUCCCCACGGCAUUCCGUAUAUUGGUACCCCGGCCUGGAAGACUCGCCACGAUACCAAACGCACUAUGGCGGCGGAGCGUGGCGAUGUCGAAGUUCUGGGUGAGAAGCUGGCGGGCGCGAAGACCGUCGCUACCCACGCCGAGGACACUGCCUAA